GAAAAUAUGCCAGCGAGAGAUAUUGUGCUUCAUCGUCGAAACAAUGAAUUAAAACGUGUGUCGGAAACACACAGGUCUUAUGAUGCGCUACAAUAUCCAUUGCUGUUUUGGCAGGGGGAAGAUGGAUAUCAUUUCAAUAUUAAAAUGAUUAAUCCAGUAACAGGACUGACAGCGUGCGCAGGCGGCGAUAUGGAGCAAGUGAAACUAGAACCCGCGUGGAUUGAUGAUGACCAAGUCACUGUUAAGGAGGAAGCAGACAUCAUGGAUGGAGUUGGGUGUGUGAAGGAAGAGUGUGAAAGCAGUGCAGACGCGUGCGGCGUGAGCGAGGCAGCCAUGAUGGCUGGCCUUUAUGCCGAGCACGAGGUGAAGGACGAGCUCGUGCUGGGGCCGGAGCGCCUUUACCGUCCUACAGUCACCCCAAUGGCGACAGGAGGUGUAGAUGGCGCUCACCUCACUCGGGACUGCUACGUGCGACUCGAACGCCUCUCUACACACUGUCUCUUCGAACACAACUCUACCACUGCACUUACCAUGGAGCCCGAACACACGUCCGCUGUCCUCUACUUAACCGGUCAGGACCGCUCGUGCUCGGUCAGGCUGGAGCGCCUGCUGGUGGACGCGGCGCGGCGCACCUGCCGGGUCGCGCGCCGCACGUACAAGCUGCGCGCCGCCGAGCCCGCACACACACCCAGCGCCAUCGCCACCGGCUAUCAGUGUCACCAUUGCGGCAAGCGGUUCAGGAACAAGUCGGUUCUGAAGAAACACAUAAGCAUUCAUAUGUUGAGAUGCAAGAAUGAAGGCUUACAGAUUCAUCAGUAUAUACACUACGGUGGCAAACUGUAUCAAUGUAGUUUCUGUGAUUACAAAACCAAUCAAAGAACAAACAUUAAAAAACACGAGAUGACUCAUACUGGUGAAAAACCAUUCAACUGCAACCAAUGUGACUACAAGUGCAAUGACAAAUGGAGGUUACAGACACAUCUCAUGAUUCACGGCGAUAAGCUAUUCAAAUGUAACUACUGCGAUUACACGUCCGUUUUAAAAUCUUAUUUAAAGAGCCACCUGAAGAUUCACAAUGAUGAAAAACCAUUCAAAUGUAAUGACUGUGAUUACAGCGCCCGACAUAUAGGAACCUUGCGAAUGCACGAACUGACACACACUGGUCACAAACCUUUUAAAUGUAACUACUGUGAGUACAAGUGCAAUCGAAAAACACUGUUGCAAACACACGAAAUGACGCAUACUGGUGAUUCUCGUUAUAAAUGCAAGGCCUGUGAUUUCCAGUGUACACAAAACAGGCACUUUAAGACUCACCUGAUGAAGCACACAGGGGAAAAACCUUACGAGUGUAAGCAAUGUGACUUCAGAAGCCGUCAUAAAGGAUCCUUACAAAAUCACGAGCUAACACACUCGGAUGAAUAUCCAUUUAAUUGUGACUACUGUGAUUACAAGGCCAACCAGAAAUCUCAUUUCGAUAUCCACCUGAUGAGACACACCGAUAAGAAUCCAUUUAAAUGUACCCUCUGUGACUACACCUGCUAUAACAAAUCAUACUUACGCUAUCACCUGGUGAUUCAUAGCGACAACAAGCCUUUCAAAUGUGGGCACUGUGACUACAGCACCCGCCAUAUAGGGGGUUUACGUAGACACGAACUAACACACACUAGUGACAAACCCUACAAGUGCGACCAAUGUGAUUACAAGUGCAAGUUAAAAUCCGACUUACAAAAACACUCGAUAAAACACAGCGAGAAGAAACCUUUCGGUUGCAACAACUGUAAGAACAAGUUCAAAAGCAAAGCAGCACUACAACGUCAUCAAGUGUUACACAGAGAUGAAUAUCCUUUCCAAUGUAAUGAUUGCGAAUACAAAUGCUAUCGCAGAGAAUCCAUAGUGCAUCACAUACGAAUUACUCACUCUGGCAACGAGAGGCCUUUCAAGUGUAGGUUCUGUGAGCACAGGAGCCGCUACAUAGCAGGCCUGAGGUAUCAUGAGAAGACACACUCGAACAAUAAGCCUUAUAAAUGUAGUCACUGCGGAUAUAAAUUCAAACAUAAGGAAAUACUAAAAAGACAUGAAAAAAAACACACUUAAUAAAAUAUUAAAUAUGUAAAAUCGGGUAACUCUCGUAAAAUUGUCGAAGGUCGCUCGACAUGUUACGCUCCGUAACGAGGAGCA